AUUUAUUCCAAUCGUCUAUACUCCAAUGUCGACGUCUUCUGAGAGUGACAGAUUCUUCGCUCAGACUCGCUAAUUCACACAAAAUCAUCUCAGGAGGCCGAUGGAGCGCGUGAUUCUCAGCUAGACGAUAAGAGACAGGGUAGAGAGGUAGCAUGGCAUCAAGUUCAGUUAGUCAGGAAGAUGUUGAGGUAGACUUUGAGACCUCAUCUCGACGAUCUCGCAUACGAACAGCAAGGGCUCGGAAUAUCAACCCAACAUCCCGGCCGGGUACAGGUGAAGCGGAUGAAGAAGGAGAGGGAAGUGACCGAGAUGUUGGAACAGGUGGUGGGCUUUACCCUGGGGCUCCUGACCAUGAUGCCAGCCCAAAGCCCGCCACGAGACUCAAGGAGAAAAGGAUGAACAGACCCAAUCACACCAACAAGGGAAAACAACAGCGUGACAGGCGAAAGCUACGUGAGAAAAGACGUAGUACUGGGGUAGUCCAUCUGCCAUCUACAGAGUCGACAGGAGGGAGCACAGGAGAGGACGAGGAACUGCUUUCAAUGACAGCUGAGACCCGCAGGAACACUCAUUACAACGAACACCUGGAGAAGGAGAAAUCUGGCGACCACCACCACCACUCUGUUGUCUCUGGCCCUCCCUCCUUGCCCGACCACAAGCAUAAGAAGUCCUUCACAAGCCACAGAAAUAAAAGCCCGAGUGAUUUAGAAGCAGAUGAUGAAGACAACCAAGACUAUGAUUCUCUGACAAUGAGUGACUCCACGCUGUCCCUCGUGCAGCCAGCCUCUGCAGCCUUACCAAACCUUCACUCUUCAAACAGCUUGCAGACAACUAGACCACCUGCAAAUGGAAGGCCUGCAACACCAACAACAGAGAGUGUAGAUGAGCUCUUGGAGAGUGCCCGUGAGGAAAAUCGCCGUCUCCUGGGCCUCCUAGAAGAGCGUGACAGGCGCAUCUCGUCACUUGAAUCUCGACUUUCACAACUCACAGGGGAGUUAAGCCAGGCAUGUAAUGACCGCUCUAAUUUGCGGCAGGAAAACAAUGCCCUCAUACGGGCGAUUGCUUCACUCACCACAAAGUAACCUUGUGGCAGCUAUCACCACAUAACAUCGAGUAAUCCCCAUGUGCCAUGUCUCUGGCUGUUAGGUGAACUUAAGGUGGCAAUUGGUACUUAAGUAAAUACUUUGAGUAGGCUGUAGUUUGUGUACUGUAUCAUAGAUGCACAGAGGUAUUGUCCUCUUCCACUCUGGCAGCAUCUACAACUUGCUGGUGAACUUGGUAAUCGAUGAUGCUGUUUAAUCUUUGAAUAUUGCUCACCAUUCUCACCCAGAGCUUGUAAGAAAGGAUACACGGUGAUCCAGUUAAUUGGCUGCUUGUGCUCAUUAAUUAUUGCUGUGCCAGAGAUAGAAUAAAAAAAAGAUGUUCGACAAAUGAUUUGCACUGCUUCAGCUACACCACAGAUAUGUAAUGCCAAGAACUCGGCCCAUGUUGUUGUGAGUAUGUGAAUGUAUUUAUAGUUGACUUACUUUUAUCCAUAUUUAUAAAACUAAACUUGUGUGUGUGUUUUCUGUAAAGUGUUUGAAUAUAAAGAUGGGUAUGAAUUUUACAUAUGCUCCUACAGACACACAAACAUACCACCAUGAAAGUACACAAACACAAACAGAAUAGAUAUCUUAUGCAGUAUGUAAUAGUUAGUGUGUAUUUAUGAAUGAUAAUAUUUGUAUGUGUGUGUAUGCUUGUUGGAAAUUAGUUAAUUUCAGUUUCCAAGAGUUUAUAUUGGAAUGUGAAAAUUAUAAAAAGAAUAUAUAUU